AAUGAACAAGCAAUUAAGCAAUAUUUAUAUUGCAAGAAUUGUAAUUGAUAUUUCAUCUACUGAGUUCUUUAGCUACUUUAAUCAGUUUCUGAUUAAAACUAUACAAGAUAUCAGCUUAGAAAAUCUUUGUAUUGUCACGUGGUUAAUCGAUAAAAGACAGUUGGAAAUAUGCGGAGAUUCAUCCCAUAUCCGAAAGACAAAAGAUCUAAUCAUAACCGAGUUACGUAACCAUGGUUAUUUGGAGAUCGUAUUAAGCGAUUUAAGUGAGGAUUUAGAUUGGGAAAAAACCGAAAACUUAGCAGCUCUUUUGUCAGAAAGGGAGCUUCAAGUUCAAGUAAAAUACUUUGGGAAUAAAUUAAAUAUAUUACAAACUGUUAGUGAUUUAGGCAAAGAUUCGAGAACCGAAUCAAUAACUUGCUUUAUAUUCAAGAAUACAGAUUAUUUCGUUCACGAUAUAGACGUAUCAAAUACUCAAGCCAAUGAUAUGGCUCUUUUUGAGCAGAGGUUCAAUGAUGCAAUAACUAUGAGAAGUGAUGCAAAUGGUACAGACGAUAAGAUUGAUGAGUGUAAAAUAAAAAAAUUUGAACAUUUCUGUCGUAGGGGAAAAUGUUUUAGAUUCUAUGAAAAAUCGAUAUUCUCUUAUGUCUUUGCAUUUUUUAAACCGAUUCUUAACAAUUCAUCCCAUCAUAUUUUCUUCUCUCCUCUUCGGAAUGAACUUAGUUUAGCAGUUGAAAACAGUGGUAUAUUUGAUGGACUAAUUUAUAUACUAGAAGAAACGCUUAGGGAGAGUUUACAAGAUAUUAUACAAGAGAAUCUUCAAACAAAGCCUAAAGUAGUUAACAAAGAAGAAAUUCUAAGUAAGCUUGCUAAAGAUGGUAAAAGACGUAGAGAAUUUCUUCUGGAAUACGAUAAAAGCUCUAAUGUUAGAUUUGUUGGUAGGAAACAAGUUCUAAAAAAAUUCCUUCAAGACAAUAACAAAAUAUUUACAACUUCAAGGUUUAAACUUGAUAAUAAACCCAUAAAUAUACCUCAUUCUCACCUAUAUAAGCCUACAAUUUACCAGAUAUCGGCUGAUAUUGGUUCCAUUCCAGCCGACGCCGUUGCAAUAUCAUUGCCAGUAAAAAGAUUCAUUUUAGACACUGGUGCUUCAUUAUCUGUAAGAGAUGCUCUUGCUGAAGAAGAUAUUUUAAAAAUUCAAAAGAUUCUACUGCAAAAAAGAUAUUGCGCUGGAGAAUACUUUUAUGAGGAUUUUUCUCAUUCGCAAUGGAAAGGAUUUGGAUGUAUUAUAGUAUCAAAAACGAAUUUAUACAGCUAUUUAAAAUCGUCUACAUCGUCUCUUCUACAAGAAAUUGACUCGAAUGGACAUCAAACUUUAUUAAUGACAAUUUUUGGAGGUUCUUUCGAUGACGCUGAUGUUAACUUUGACAAGAGUUUAAAAGAAAUAUUUGAAGCAAUUGAAUCAACUCGAUUCUAUCAUUUAAAAACAAUAUAUUUGGCUGAAAGAAAUCCUAGGAAGGCAACAGUAAUUGAAUUGUCUAGCUAUAAAUAUAACUUGUCUUGCCAAUCUUUAAAGAGACCUUUUAAUAAGGAAUUAGCUAAUCCUUAUCACACGGAAAAAUGCUUGCAGAGAGCAUAUAAUGUUCAAGAUAAAUUCUUUAUAACUAUUCAACUAUGCCCCAAGAUCUUUGAUUGUAAUAUAGAUUUAAUGAUACUCAUUGAAUUUGAUUUACCUGAAAAACCCUCCAUAUUUUUUGAAGAAGCUAUUCAAAGAUUUUCAAUUCUGGAAAAGAAUAAAUUAAUAAAUAUAGAGAAGAAAGAAAUAUUCCAUUUUGUUGGAAAUGUAAAGAACCUAUUGGUUUUAAACUAUAAUACAAAAUCAAACAACCUAGUAGGAUCCAAUAAAAUUGAAGAUGAUAUUAUCGAUGGAAUUAAUAAUGUUCUUGAACGUGAAAGAAUUGAAUCUAUCGUUUUUAAGAAUAUAAGUAUAAAAGAGCCAAUAAAAUCUAGUUCAAUUGGAGGAAGAUUACAAUUCGAUCACCGCAAUACCGAUGAAGAAACUUCAGAAGGCGAAGAAUCGUUAUUAUUAAAGUUUAAAUCUGAAUUUUACGAUUGCUUUAAACUAUAUACUCUAUCUUCAAAUGAUAUAGAAGAGAUAGAAAGUAACGAAAAUGUAAGACUUCGCUAUUUAAAAGAUAAUCAAUUGGAAAUAAUUGGAACGCACAAAUGUGUUGAAAAAUCCCGUUCACUCUUAUACAACCUGCUCUCUCAGUACGGUAUUAUUUAUAUGAAGUUUAAUGAAGAAUAUGAUAGAAUAGUUGAAAAAUUCUCGAUAUACGGAGAUCUUAGAUUGUUUAAAUUACCUAAUAAGAGUAAAACUGGUACAUGUUUCGGUAAUAAAGAACAAUUAAGAGAUGCAUUAAAUAAGAAUUUAAACACUUCCUGCAUAAAUUGUAUUCGUAUUAAAAUUUUCUCGUGGGAAAAUGAAAUAUACGAGUCAAGACAAAAAGUAUAUUCUUGUAAACGAACAAUUAAUGGAUUGAAAAUUGAAAAUAAUAGAACAAAUCAACAAAAAGUACAUUUGGAACCGGAACCGGAAGGAGUUGAAGAGCGUAUAGAGAAAAUACCUUUUCUUUGCUCUUCUCAAUUAACAAAUUAUUAUUGGUUUAAAUUUAAAGAAGAAAUUGAGAAAUAUUCUAAAAAAUUUCCAAAUUUAAUGACUUUAGUUCAAGGAAAACAUUUGGUACCUAUUGAUCAACGAGUAAGCGAGGAUACGUCAUCAUUUCCAUCAUUUCAGUUUGAGUCUUCUAUGAUGAAUAAGAAAUUCCAGUUUGAGGACUAUCCCCUUUUAGAACUUCAGUAUGGUUCAUUUUUCGAAACUAAAACAAAUUUUGGCCUAUUAAUUGAAUUAAAUGAACCUAACAAUCCAUCGGCUAUGCUGCAAGAAGUUAAAAAGCUCUUAUCAACCGAAAUUGAUAUGAAAAAAUUAUAUUCCUACGAAACUCAACAAGAAUACAUUUCCGUUGGUGAAAUAGAGAAGUUGACAAUUCUAAACUAUUCAAAUGAAUCUCAACAUUCCAGAGAUUUUUUAUGGCAGAUUGAGAGAGAUAUAUUAAAAAGAUUAGUCGAUAUAAUUGACAAAGGUUCAAAAAUAGAAACUAUAGGAUUAACAAAUCUAGCAAAAGGUUUCUUAAACUUUCCGGAAGACUGCUUCUUUACAGUGGAAAUUGUACGAAGUAUGAUUACCGAACAUAUUAUAGACAAGUCUAAAAAGAUUAUUGUUAUUACAAACGAUUCAAGAGAUUUCAUAAAAUUUGAACAAAUAUUUAAUGUUGUUUAUUCAAAAGGAAAGGAUCAAACGGUAAAAUUUACUUCUGAUGAAAAACGUCAACUAAAUCAAGGAUCUGAUUUGGGCGUUAAAAUAAUAAGAAAUAGAUUUAGUAAUUUUGAAACGGAAGAUGUGGUCUUCUAA